CGGCAGAGCCUAUCGCCGGGAGCUCGGGGCGCCGAUAAAUGUAGCACCGCGGCGCGGGCUGGCAGCUCUCCGAGGGCCCGGAGCGCAGGAGCCAUGCAGUACCCGCACCCCGGGCCGGCGGCGGCGGCGGCGGCGGGGGGGGUGCCCCUGUACGCGCCCACCCCGCUGCUGCAGCCCGCGCACCCGACGCCCUUCUACAUCGAAGACAUCCUGGGCCGCGGGCCCGCCGCCCCCACGCCCACCCCCACGCUGCCGUCCCCCAACUCCUCCUUCACCAGCCUCGUGUCCUCCUACCGGACCCCGGUGUACGAGCCCACGCCGAUCCACCCAGCCUUCUCGCACCACCCCACCGCCGCGCUGGCCGCCGCCUACGGCCCGGGCGGCCUCGGAGGCCCUCUGUACCCCUUCCCGCGGACGGUGAACGACUACACGCACGCCUUGCUCCGCCACGACCCCCUGGGCAAGCCGGUGCUCUGGAGUCCCUUCUUGCAGAGACCUCUACAUAAAAGGAAAGGUGGCCAGGUGAGGUUCUCCAACGACCAGACCAUCGAGCUGGAGAAGAAAUUCGAAACGCAGAAAUACCUCUCCCCGCCAGAGCGGAAGCGUCUGGCCAAGAUGCUGCAGCUCAGCGAGAGACAGGUCAAAACCUGGUUUCAGAAUCGACGCGCUAAAUGGAGAAGACUAAAACAGGAGAACCCUCAAAGCAAUAAAAAGGAGGAACUGGAAAGUUUGGACAAUCCCUGCGACCAGAGGCAAAACUUGCCCAGUGAAGAGAAUAAAGGUGCUUCUUUGGAUAGUUCACAGUGUUCACCCUCCCCUGCCUCCCAGGAAGACCUUGAUUCAGAGAUUUCAGAGAAUUCUGACCAGGAAGUGGACAUUGAAGGCGAUAAAAGCUAUUUUAACGCUGGAUGAUGGUCACCAGCAUUCAAAAAACUGGACUGGGAAGUAACAUUUUGCUGUAGAAAUUCUUCACAGAAGAACUGGAAAACUAUAAGAGAAAGGAAAACCCAUUUUCUAGUAUUCUGGAUACCUAAAAAUUUUUGGUGCACUGGUUAAUUAGAAAAGUUACCUUGAAGCCUUAAUUUUAAUUUAACAAAUGGUGUAUGUACUGAUUUUAGGUUGUUUUGAUAAAAAUUCAUGCCCUUUUUAGAAAAAAAGUAAAUUGUUAUUUCUAUUUAUAAAAAGUAAUUUUGAACUUUUGUUAAAUUUUUUAAGUUAUAAUUUUAAAGAUUUUAAUGGGCUCUUCUUGAAUGACUCUGUAAUCUGUAUUUACGUCCUACUUAAUGGCAAAGCAGAAAGCACCCUCAAAUCCAGUGCCUUGGAAAAGGGGCCCAUAUUUCAGGCAGCUUGGAAUACUUUAAAAGGAAAUGGUCUUUACUUUUAUAUGAUAUUCUUAACUGUUGCCUUAAAUCCACAACCAAUUCAGAGCAGAGCUGAUAAGGCUCUUAAAUACUUGCUUUGCUCUAUCACUUAGUACCUGUUUGACAGAGGUGUUAAGAGGAUAGUGCUGUCCUACAGGCAGAGAAACUGACUCAUCGGUGACUAACAAUCUCAGAUGAACUAGAAAUUCCAGAUUAAGUGUAAGUAGAUUGUAGAUAUUGUGUUUUACAUCAGACAGUGUGUAUAACGUGUAUAUAGAAUUGUUCACUGUAAAAACAAUGGCCAGAAUUUUUUAAAAUGAGUUCAUUGUCUAUAAAAUAAAUCUGUCCUUGAGACGACUGAC